AUGCGCGGCAUAUCGAACCUGGUCGUCUAUGGGCUUCACAUCACGGCCAUUGAGCUGACGCUGCGGUGGAAUCAGUUCGACAAUGUCGACGGAGUAAACACCAGCGCGCAGACGAUUCCGCUUCUUGUCAGCCUCGGCAUCUUGCUGCGCCUUGUUGUAUCGCACUACGCAAGGACCGUUGGUGGCAGCACCGAUGGACAAUCUGCCAGCGUUGAAGAUGGGCCUCAGCCUGCCGAACCAGAAGACCCUAGAGGCUGCAGAUGUCAGCGAGCUCCAGCUCCAGCUCCAGCUCCAGCUCCAGCUCCAGCUGCAGGUAGAACUCCAUAUAGACCUUACCAAGCUCAAACAGCAGCAGCAGCCACGACAGCUCCUAUCCCAGAACUAGAGGUCCUCAGCGAAUAUGUGGCCGGGAUGGACAUGGACGACGUGAGCGAGUAUUUCGCCCGUGGCUCAGACCGUUAUUGGCUGGCCAGGAUGGCGAUCCAGAACCGUGAGACGGCAGAGCGGGCCGCAGCAAUGGAGCGGCAGCGAGCGCGAGGGACGAUGCCUCGACCGGCGAGAGCGCAUGCUCGCGGCGUGCUAUAA